AUGGCAUCGACUUCCAACACGGACAGGGUGAUAGAUGCAGGUAUGAUCAAGAAGGCGCAUCCCGAGCAGACGCCGCCAGACGUGAGCCAUGAGGGCGACGUGGCCACGGAGAAAGGAGACAGCGACGGCGUCGAACAAGCAGCUCCUACAGGACCAACAGAUGGCACUCCGUGGGUGACGGGCAUCAAGCUGGUCAUGAUCAUGAGCGGCAUAACCCUGGUAUGCUUCCUCAUGUUGCUCGAUACCUCUAUUAUAUCGACGGCCACUCCGCGGAUCACGAGUCAGUUUCACUCGCUGCCCGACGUUGGAUGGUAUGGAAGCGCCUAUCUACUGGCCAGCGCUUCUCUCGUGCCACUGACGGGAAAGAUCUAUCAAAACUUCAACACCAAGUGGUCGUUCGUGUCCUUCUUUGCGGUGUUCGAGCUGGGGUCCCUUCUCUGUGGAGUCGCCACCUCCUCGAAGAUGUUGAUCGUGGGACGAGCUGUGGCAGGCAUGGGUGGUUCAGGCAUUCAGAAUGGGGCAUUCACCAUCAUUGCAGGAUGCGUGCCAAUGCAGCGGCGACCAGCGUUAACCGGGCUUCUCAUGGGGUUUGCGCAGCUAGGCAUUGUCAUAGGGCCCUUGAUCGGCGGUGCAUUCACGCAAUACACGACCUGGCGUUGGUGCUUCUACAUAAACCUCCCCAUCGGCGCCGUGGUAGGUCUGCUCUUGUUCUUCGUCCAUAUUCCGGAGCAGCUGCCAAAGCCCAAAGGCAUUUCAGUGGUCCAUAUCAUCCUGCGCAAACUGGACCUCGUCGGCUUCGUACUUUUCGCCCCGGCAGCUGUUCAGUUCCUGUUGGCCUUGCAAUACGGGGGCAACAAGUACGCCUGGAAUAGUUCUGUUGUCAUCGGGCUCUUCUGUGGUGCUGGUGCCACCUUUGUCUGUUUCAUCCUCUGGGAAUGGUACAAGGGGGACGAUGCCAUGAUCCCCUAUUCCAUGAUCUGCAGGCAAACUGUCUGGACCAGCUGCGUGGUCUAUGGUUUCCUGAUGGCCACGCUGUUGGUGGCAUCUUACUAUCUCCCCAUCUACUUCCAGGCGAUUAAGGGCGUCAAUGCGAUGCUGAGUGGAGUCUACAUUCUGCCCAGCAUCCUCAGUCAGUCAGCUCUGGCCAUCAUUUCCGGCGCUCUCGUGGGUCGAUUUGGUUACUACCUGCCCUGGAGUCUGGCCGGCGGCAUCGUCAGCUCCGUUGGCAAUGGCCUCCUGACGACCUUCACCCCGUCGACGUCGGUGGGCAAGUGGAUCGGAUAUCAGAUCCUGCUAGGCGCAGGCCGUGGUGCCGGGCUACAAAUGCCCAUCAUCGCCGCGCAGAACAAUCUCCCGCCACCCCUGAUCCCCGUGGCCAUGGCCCUGAUUAUGUUCUGCCAAUCCUUCUUUGGCUCGACUUUCCUCAGUUACGCCGACGUCAUCUUCACCAACAGCCUCAGGAACAAGCUCAAGGAGUAUGCGCCCGAGGUCCCGCCAGAGUCGAUCAUCGUGGCGGGGGCCACGGCUUUCCGCAAGGCUGUUCCCGCUGAUCAGCUCCCUGGCGUGUUGAAGGCGUAUAGCAAGAGUGUGGACUACGUGUUUUAUCUGGCUGUGGGCGCUGCAGUGGCUACCUUUGUCUUCUCCUGCGGCAUGGGCUGGAAGGAUAUUCGAGGCAAUGAGCCGCCGCAGCCAUCUGGAGACGAAAAGGUAUAG